GCUGCUGGCAGGAAAGCGGGGAGGAGAAAAUUACCUAAGUGAUAGCGAGCUUGCCACGAACUAUAUAAAACUGGGGAAAUCAAAGCCCAGAAACUCCACCUCGCAGUCCUGGAGCACAAGCACAACCCCUGAAGAGAAACCCACCCCAGCAGUGAGUGAUCUCAAAGGCUUGAACUCCAACCAAGCUGCAUGAGCUCAGAGCUGCUGCGGGACUGAGCAGCCCGGGCUGUCCCGGCCGGAUCCCCGGGAGCAGGGAACGCUGUUUGGGAAUUCCCAGAACCAUGGAGUGCAGGCAGCUCCUCUGCAUCCUCUGCCUGCUGGAGCUGGCUGGCUUUGCUGCUGGGAGCACCACGGCCACCCCCAGCCCGGCAGGAACAGCGAGGGACAGCGGCAGAGGGACAGCCAGCACUGCCACCGCGGCCACCGCAGCCACAGGGGACAGCAGCAGCGCCCAACCAACCUCUGCUGCAGCCACAGCCGGCUCCGCGGCCACCAGCCCGACGCCACCAGAGCUCCUCGGGCAGCUGAGGAGCAGCCCCCCGCCCAGCGCUGUCCCCACGGCGCUGCCGGGCUCCUCCCCGGGGGUCCCCACCAGCCGGAGCCCCCCGAGCCAGCCCGGGGACAGCGAGCCCACCUCGGGCCCCCCCAGCUCCGCGGCCACCCCCGAGCAUCCUGCUGUCCCUGCUGCCACCACAGCCCUGCACAGCAGCCCCCAGCCCGCCCUCCGUGCCAUCAGCUGCCACGGUGCCAGGGACCAGGGUGACACCGGGGCCAUCUGCCUGCAGCUCAACGAGUCCAGCACCUGCGAGCACUUUCUGGAGAGGAAGGGGUUGGAUUUAUGGCAAGCACUGUGUGAAAACAGAACCCACAGCGUGGAGCUCCCCUGCGAGAUCAAACUCACUCCAUCCAGCCUGGACAGGGACUGUUUGCUCCUCAUCCUCAAAGGAGAGAAAGAUCCCGACAAACUUCUGAACACGCUCCAGAAGUCUCACUGGGAAAAGUUUGGAAUAGAAUCCCUUAAAAAAGAGAGCACGAGGAGCCGGCGGGACCCUUCCCAGAGGACGCUGAUCGCCCUGGUGACAUCGGGGCUGCUGCUGGCGUUCCUGGGGCUGGCCGGCUAUUUCCUGAUGAGGCGGCGCAGCUGGAGCCCCGCGGGCCAGAGGCUGGCUGAAGACCCCUACUACACGGAGAACGGCAGCCAGGGGAACACCAUGCUGAUGUCACCCUCGCAGGAGCCGGCGGAGCCGCAGGAGAAGCCGAACCUGAACGGGGGCACGCAGGAGAACGGGACGGGCUCCAAGAACGGCCGCUCGGGCCGGCAGCACAGCCCGGCCGACACCGAGAUGUGACCGCGCCCGCAGCCCCGGGGCAGGCAGGCAGCAGAUCCCUGCACACACGGGGCCUUCAGACCUUCUGCGCCGUCAUUGUCUCUGGGAAGGACUCCAAAACCAGCCUAAAGCACGUGGAGGGACAGAGCUGCCAAAGAGCAGCUCCUUCUCCUCCUCCUCCUCCUCCUCCUCCUCCUCCUCCCGCUGGCCACACAGGACACUUUUCUGCAGCUGUUCUCUGCUUUUGUUGUCAGAAGAACACCAGGACAAAUGCCAGUGCCCUUUGGCCUCCCCAGAUUUUAGGCAGAGGCAGAGUUUGGCUCCAGGCAGCCCAGAUUUCUGGUAGCAAUAUGUUAGGCCGACUAAAGUAGUGAAAUUGGGAUUGCAGUGACAAAAGCCUCUCAGGUUUCAGAUAGUUUUGGUUAACAGAGUGGUUUAUAAUCUCAUCUUUAUGUUUAAGUGCAGGAUUUCUUCCUCUUCUGAGACCAUCAGGCAUUUAACCCCUUCCUGUCUUUUGAGCUCCUCUACUCUUUCCUACUCCAGCAGAAUUUGCUGAAGCAAAGUGUGUAAAACUUUCCACAUGGAAUUGCAGGCUGGAAUGUCAACUUCUUUCUCUUUGAAUCCUACCAGGAUUGUGUCCUGAAGGCUUUUUUAGAGGAGGGAAAAAAUCCUUCCCCAGCCUCCUCCUGCCAGGGGCUGGGGAUUGUGACAGGCAGAGUUCAUCCCUUGGGUGAGGUGGAGAACUCUGGGCAGGGCUGAGGGGCUCCGAGGGUGCCUGGGGCUGGGCACUCUCCCUCUGGCACCUGGGGCAGGAAUUUGGGCACGGGAGGUGCCCAAGGGCUCCCAGAGGGAUGAGUGGAAGGCAAACCCCCAGCUCUGCAAAGGGCAGAGUUUCUCUCUCUGCGCAGCAGCAGGGACAGGGACACAGAGCAGGGUUUCACUGGGAAAUCCCAAACCCAGGAGCAGCAGCAGGAGCAGGAGAGGAGCAGGAGCAGCAGCAGGAGCAGGUCUGAACCCUCUCUGUGCUGACCCUGCUCCCGAGGGAAGCGCUGCUGCAGCCACAUCGAGCUCUCAGUGGGAGCCAGGGACUCAGGGCAGGUUUGUUCCCCAUCCAAAUCACAUUUUUAGGGAGCCAAAGCCCUGAUUGUGCCAGCCCCGUGCUGCCGGUGCCAGCCCAGGAGGGUGGUGUCCAACACCAGCACCAGCAGCAACCUCCACACCCCAAAAAAACCCCAAAAAUGGCCCUCAGAGCUGAUCUACCCUCUCAGGAGUGAAUUCAUCCCAACCUUCUCUCAGUGCUGAACACCUGAGGGAAGGGGUUUUUUUUUCUGGUACAGUGCUCAAAGCAAUGACAGCAGCAUCCAUCACCACCUGGGGCUGUUUUUUUUGUGGGUGCAAGAGUCGCUUAAACGCAAUUAAAAUAUUCCAGGCUGUUUGCUUUGGUGUGAA